AUGGCCAAAGUUUUAGUAGCAUCAAAAAUCAUCAUAUGGGACGAAUGCACAACGGCGCACAAACGAGCAUUGGAAGCACUAGACCGAACAUUAAAAGAUCUGUGCAAUGACUCUAGAUGUUUUCGUGGUGCAAUGAUUUUAUUAUCUGGCGAUUUCCGACAAACACUACCAGUCAUUCCAAGAUCUACUGCUGCCGACGAAAUAAACGCUUGCCUCAAAGCAUCAAAUCUGUGGCGAUAUAUAAAGAAACUUCAAUUGUCUGUUGUAUUGUUGAACGAUCUAUCUGCUGAUGAUUUCUCGAAGCAAUUGCUGACUAUCGGUACUGGCCGUGUUCCUGUUGACAAAUCGAACGGUUUGAUUUCAUUUCCUCCAAAUUUUUUCAAUUUCGUAUCACCAAAAGACGAACUUAUCAACAAAGUAUUCCCGGAUACCAUUGCUAACCACAAAAAUACUAAAUGGUUAAGUGAGUGA